AAAAAGCACAGAUCGUUGAGAAAGACGGAUCACAGCCUUUCUUCCCCUGCAAUCUAGGGUUCCAUCUCUUCAAUUCCUCUAGCAAAAUUUUCAACGAAUCUCAAUCAUUCACUGCAGACAUUCUUCGCAAUUGUGUUUUCUCUCUGUGCUCCGAUCUCUUCCGCCAAUUCAAAUUCAGUAAAACUUUCAGGUAGAAAUCGAUUAUGACUAUUGCUGAUUCGGGUUUUAUGAUGGAAAAUGGAGGAAGUUGCUUACCUUACACACCGGAGCAAGAGAAACAGAUUGUUGAUGAUUUGAUGAAUAAAUCAGAGUCCAGUUUGAAAGAAGGCAACUUGUACUACGUUGUUUCCAAUAGAUGGUUUACAAGUUGGCAGAGAUACAUUGGACAGGGCAAUGGUGAAUAUCCAAUUAAUGGGCAUUUGUCUGAUUCACAGCGUUUGGAUGCGGUUCCAUCAAAGACAGCAGAGAGACCUGGACCUAUUGAUAAUUCUGAUAUUGUUUUAAAUGGAAAUGAAUGUGAACUUGAUGAUCUGGAGAUUCUUAGAACGCUAGAGGAGGGACGUGAUUAUGUUUUAGUUCCUCAAGAAGUUUGGGAGAAGCUUUUUGACUGGUAUAAAGGAGGACCGGCAUUACCCAGAAAGAUGAUUUCUCAAGGUAUUACUCACAAGAAAUUCAUGGUGGAGAUUUACCGACUAUGCCUUAAGUUAACUGAUUCCAGAGACAACAGUCAAUCAGUUAUAAGGUUGAGUAAAAAGGCUUCUGUGCAUGAGCUUUAUGAGAGGGUGUGUACACUUAAAGUGGUAGAGAAGGAAAAGGCCCGCAUAUGGGACUAUUUCAAUAAGCGGAAACAAGCAAUAUUAGUUGCUUCAAACCAAACUCUUGAGGAAUCUAACUUGCAGAUGGACCAAGAUAUUCUUUUGGAGGUGCAACUUGAUGGAUAUUGGCCCUCUGGAUUUGGCAUGGAUUCAACCGGAAAUGAACUGGCUUUGGUACCAAUGGAACCUCCAAGAUCCUCUGUAUCAAUUGCAGGAGGCCCAACCCUCUCAAAUGGUUAUUCCAAAGUUCAUACCUCCAAUUUGUAUCAGGGAAGUCCUUUAGGUUCAACAUUUACAGAUAUGGAGGAUGGAUAUGAUGUUUUGAGGAGUGUAGCAAAAGGAGAUAGGGGAGGUUUGGCAGGAUUGCAGAAUCUAGGAAACACUUGCUUUAUGAACAGUGCUAUUCAGUGUUUAGUACAUACACCCCCCAUAUUUGAGUAUUUCUUGCAAGACUACACCGAGGAGAUCAACAAACAAAAUCCAUUAGGAAUGAAUGGUGAGCUUGCAUUUGCUUUUGGUGAAUUGUUGAGGAAAUUAUGGUCCUCUGGCCGGACACCAGUUGCACCUCGUGCAUUUAAGGGAAAACUUGCUCGAUUUGCUCCUCAGUUCAGUGGGUAUAAUCAGCACGAUUCUCAAGAACUUCUUGCUUUCUUACUGGAUGGACUGCAUGAAGAUUUGAAUCGUGUAAAACAAAAGCCAUAUAUUGAAACAAAGGAUUCAAAUGGUCGCCCAGAUGAGGAAGUUGCUGACGAGUGUUGGAGGAAUCAUAAAGCUCGGAAUGAUUCAUUAAUUGUGGAUGUUUGCCAGGGUCAAUAUAAGUCAACUCUGGUUUGCCCAGUUUGCAGCAAAAUUUCAAUAACAUUUGAUCCGUUCAUGUAUUUGUCAUUGCCACUGCCUUCAACGGUCACUCGGAUAAUGACGGUGACUGUGUUCUAUGGUGAUGGAAGUGGCCUUCCAAUGCCCUACACUGUGACAGUGCUAAAACAUGGUUACUGUAAAGAUCUUAGCCAGGCAUUGGCUGCUGCAUGCUGCUUGAAGAGUGAUGAAAAUCUACUGCUUGCUGAGGUCUACGAACAUCGGAUAUAUCGAUACAUAGAGAAUCCUUCGGAGUUAUUGACUAAUAUAAAGGAUGAGGAACAUAUUGUGGCUUACCGUCUUCCUAAGAAACGAGCAGGAUUAACAAGACUGGAGAUAAUUCAUAGGUGUCAGCAACAAUGUACACCAGACAGUCUGAAGGGUGGUGAGAGGAAGCUUUUGGGAGCACCACUAGUUACUUAUUUAGGAGAGGAUGCUCAAACUGGAGCUGAUAUUGACAUUGCUGUUUCUAGAUUGCUCUCUCCAUUGAGAAGGAAAACAUAUCCCUCUUCGUCUAACGUUCAUAGUGGCAAGGAAAAUGGCUCCGUUUCAGAAGCUACUGAUAAUCCUACAAACAGCUGCAAUACUCAAUCUGGAUCUGGGAACCAGUCAACAGAUGGCACAGAACUAGAAGAAAUGUCCAGAUGGGAGUUGUCCUUCCAGCUUUCCAUUACUGAUGAAAGGGGUUUGAGCUGCAAGCCUAUUGAAAAGGAUUCUCUCAUAAGACCUGGUCAAUUUAUACGGGUUAUGUUGGACUGGACCGACAAAGAACAUGAAUUAUAUGAUGCCAGCUACCUCAGGGAUCUUCCUGAGGUUCAUAAGAAUGGGUUCACCGCAAAGAAGACCAGGCCAGAAGCUAUCACCCUGUUUUCAUGCUUGGAGGCAUUCCUGAAAGAAGAACCUCUAGGACCUCAAGACAUGUGGUAUUGCCCUAAUUGCAAGGAACAUAGACAAGCCACCAAGAAAUUGGACUUGUGGAGGUUGCCAGAUAUUCUUGUGUUUCACUUGAAACGAUUUUCAUACAGCCGAUACCUGAAGAACAAACUUGAUACCCUUGUAAAUUUUCCCAUUCAUAGUCUUGACUUGAGCCAAUAUGUGAAGUGCAAGGAUGCAUCUUCACAAUCUCAUGUUUAUGAGCUAUAUGCCAUCAGCAACCAUUAUGGUGGCCUAGGCGGUGGGCACUACUCUGCCUAUGCAAAGUUGAUUGAUGAAAACAGAUGGUACCAUUUCGAUGACAGCCAUGUUUCUCCCGUUGGCGAGAGCGAGAUCAAGACAUCAGCUGCAUAUGUGUUAUUCUAUCAACGAGUUAAAGCAGCUCCAAAGAUUGGAACAGGGGAGCCUUCUCUGGGUCAUACAAGUUCUUGAGGGCUGUGUAUGUAGCAUGCAGUUGCAUUUUGAAGUGUUGUGGCUCUAAUGGUCCCUCUUUUACCUGAAAAGCUGAUUUGGUCCAAAAAAAUUUGAGUCCACAGGAUGAUGAUGCGCCUUUCAGACCAAUCUGCACAGGCUAAGGGUUUAAGAAGCAACACCAAGGUUGGAAUAUGGGUAUAAUGGAAAUAUGAGGGGCUGUAUUCGGUUAGGAUGGUAGGUGGAAGUAGCUAUAGCUUAUCUUAUGUUGAUGACGCUUUUUUAAAAAGGAAAUUUUGGUUGCCAAUCAGAUAGGCUUAUUAUAGAUUCCGGUUAAUCUGUGAUCUGUAGGCUUUCAAAUGGAGAGAAAUAGUGAGCACUUUCCUGAUUACCUUGACCUUCUUGCCAAAUCUUGUUCUUUGCUUCCUCCCCCUCUGCUAGUCAGAUAAAAGAGUUGAAAUUGUUAUCAUGUUGUGUCCCUACUCCUUUCUUAAAUCAGAUUUCCAAUAAUUAUUUGAGUCUUA